AUGAAGUUCGAACGCCUGCGUCCCUGCCUGCGUAGGUUGGCGCCGUCCAACAGUUUUACUUUCGCUGGCCAAAUUCGAUCUAUUCACCAGUCUGGACGUGCCAGGAAGAUCCCAGAGCCCAAACCAUUCGUCCCUGACGUAACGACAUUCCUGACCCUGAUCGGUAGAGGUCUCAACAAACACGCAAACAAGUUCCCCUCGUGGGAUUCUCUCUUUUCCCUGACUGGACCUCAAUUAAAAGAACUGGGCAUCGAACCAGCGCGAAGUCGAAGAUACCUGUUGAAUUGGAUGAAGCGCUACAGGAAGGGAGACCUCGGACCUGGCGGCGACUUUCUUUUCGUCAAGGAUGGUGAGGCCAUCUUGAGAGCGGCCACUUUGCAGGAAAAGGAGCUUAGUGGCUCUAAGUUUGUCGUCAAUGUUCCUCAUCCCGAUGACGAACUAGAAACCCCGGCGGAGGUUUUUGGCCGCCCACUUGGUUACGUGGUACGAGGCGCAAAAUCGAUUGCCGGGCCAUACGCCACACCUCUCCCUGGUUCGACCGGUGUGAGCGUCAAGGUUACUGAGGGCAUGUGGGAGGAUCGUCGGGGGCGUAAGAUUGACGGAGGUGAGCGAAGAAGGGCUGAAAUUCGCUUCAAGAAGAGAUCAGCCGAGAGACGAGCACAGCGGGAAGCAGAGUUUCUCGGACACUAG